ACAGGCGUCCCGACCCCGCCUCCUCCCCCUCUCCUGGCUUGUUGCUCUCGGGCGGUCCUUCGGUCUGGAAACCUGUGAUGAGAGUUUUAAUAAUGGCGUGGGAGCGGCCGGGGGUAGCUGCGCUCUACCCAGGUCUGGGACCGGAAACCCACCUUUAAACAUUCAAGAGGAAUUUAUCAGCAAUUUAAAAAAAAAAAAAAGAAAAAAAAAAGAAAAGGAAAGCUGUUUAACGGUUGUUGUAAUGUUACCACACACAGUAAAUCGCUGAGAGCCCGCUCUGCAAACUGUGAAACUACUGGAUUGCCUCUGGAAGUGCUCGGUCAUGUCGUUACUGUGCGUCAGAGUGAAAAAAGCCAAGCUCCAGGGACCACCAGAUAAGUUCAACACCUAUGUGACGCUGAAGGUGCAGAAUGUUAAAAGCACAACUAUCACUGUGCGUGGGGACCAGCCCUGCUGGGAGCAAGAUUUCAUGUUUGAGAUCAACCGGCUGGACCUCGGCCUUAUUGUUGAAGUGUGGAACAAAGGGCUCAUCUGGGACACCAUGGUGGGAACUGCAUGGAUUCCAUUAAAAAGCAUCCAACAGUCAGAGGAGGAGGGCUCAGGUGAGUGGCUUUUCCUGGAUGCAGAGGUCCUGAUGAAAGCUGAUGAGAUAUAUGGCACCAAGAACCCGACGCCUCAUCGAGUCCUGCUGGAUACUCGUUUCGAACUGCCUUUUGACAUUCCAGAUGAUGAGGCGCAGUAUUGGACAGGCAAGCUGGAGCGCAUCAACAGAAUGGGAAUCCAUGACGAGUACCCUCUUCAGGAAGAUGUUCAGAGUCAGCCAUUACCAUUUGCAGCUUCCCAGUGCUGCAACUAUUUCGGAUGGGCCGACUCACUGACUUUGGACGACCAGGACAGUGCUGUGGAUGACCGGGAUAGCGAUUACCGCAGUGAGACCAGUAACAGUUUGCCUCCACGUUACCACACAACUGCUCAACCCAACUCGUCUAUGCACCAGUACCCGAUGGGGCCUCGGCCACAGCAUCGCCCAGAUGGCUGCACAGACUCUGUCCACAGUUUUGACCUGGACUACAGAGACCAGAGAGGAAGCAGUCCAGUGGAAAGUAGUCGCUUUGGGUCAUCAGGAAACCUUAGCCAGACCAGCUCCCAGCUUAGUGAGACUGGCCACGAGAGCACUGGAGGGUCAGAAAUGGAGGAGUCCUUCCACUCCUUCCAUAGUACUGGUUUUCACCCUUCUACUAAUGGGCAGCCACGCACAAAUAGUCAUCCCGCCACCAAUGGACAUUCUGCAGUCAGUGAGCGGGAGACAGAUAGGCUGUCCCCUGAAGUAGGACAUGGCUUGAAAACUGAUGCUCCAGCAGAGAGAGGAUCCCCUAAACUCCAAAGAUUCCAUGAUGAUGGACCACCAUUACCCUUUUCCCAGUCCAGACUCAAUUGGAUGAAGGCCAUCACUAAAGUCAGAGUUCAACUCCGGGAGGUUCGAGAUGUCGAACCCAGUACUCGACAGGCGUGGGUCAAAGCAGGUGGAGGAUCUGGUCUGUAUGGAAUUGACAGUAUGCCAGAUCUGCGUAAAAAGAAGCCUAUCCCAUUGGUCAGCGAUGUGGCUAUGUCCCUUGUCCAAGCCAGGAAGGCAGGGAUCGCAUCUGCGAUGGCUGCUCGAUCAUCAAUCAAGGACGAGGAACUGAAAAAUCAUGUGUACAAGAAGACCCUGCAGGCUCUUAUCUACCCCAUAUCUUGCACUACACCGCAUAACUUCGAGGUGUGGACAGCAACUACACCUACAUACUGCUACGAGUGUGAGGGGCUGCUGUGGGGAAUCGCACGCCAAGGCAUGCGUUGCUCUGAGUGUGGGGUCAAGUGCCAUGAAAAGUGCCAAGAAUUACUCAAUGCGGACUGUCUGCAGCGUGCUGCGGAAAAGAGCUCUAAACAUGGAGCUGAAGACCGCACUCAAAAUAUCAUCAUGGCCAUGAAGGACAGGAUGAAGAUCAGGGAGAGGAACAAACCAGAAAUCUUUGAGCUGAUCAGAGAAGUGUUUACCAUCAGCAAAGCCAUUCAUGCACAGCAGAUGAAGACCAUCAAACAAAGUGUAUUAGAUGGGACCUCAAAGUGGUCAGCCAAGAUCACCAUCACAGUUGUUUGUGCCCAAGGACUUCAGGCAAAAGACAAGACAGGAUCCAGUGAUCCAUAUGUCACUGUUCAGGUGGGCAAGACCAAAAAGAGAACAAAGACCAUCUAUGGCAACCUCAAUCCAGUCUGGGAGGAAAAGUUCCACUUUGAGUGCCACAAUUCUUCAGACCGGAUCAAAGUGCGAGUGUGGGACGAAGAUGAUGACAUCAAGUCCAGGGUGAAGCAGCGUCUGAAGAGGGAGUCUGAUGAUUUCCUGGGCCAGAGUAUCAUUGAAGUCCGUACGCUGAGCGGAGAAAUGGAUGUCUGGUACAACCUGGAGAAGAGGACAGACAAAUCAGCUGUCUCAGGUGCCAUUCGCCUCCAAAUCAAUGUGGAGAUCAAAGGAGAGGAGAAAGUGGCUCCUUAUCACAUGCAAUACACUUGUUUGCAUGAGAACGUGUUCCACCAUUCAACCGAUGUGCUCGGUCAAGGUGUGGUAAAAAUCCCAGAGGCUCGUGGAGACGAUUCUUGGAAAGUAUACUUCGAUGAUGUGGGACAAGAAACAGUGGAUGAGUUUGCCAUGCGCUAUGGGAUUGAGUCAAUCUACCAGGCCAUGACGCACUUUGCUUGUCUGUCUUCUAAGUACAUGUGUCCUGGAGUUCCUGCGGUGAUGAGUACCCUGCUGGCCAAUAUCAAUGCCUUCUACGCCCACACAACAGCCUCCACCAAUGUGUCCGCCUCCGACCGCUUUGCCGCUUCCAAUUUUGGGAAAGAACGUUUUGUCAAGCUCUUAGACCAGCUGCACAACUCCCUACGCAUUGACCUUUCUAGUUAUAGGAAUCACUUCCCUGCCAGCAGCAAGGAUCGCCUGCAAGAUCUGAAAUCCACUGUGGACCUUCUAACCAGCAUCACCUUUUUCAGGAUGAAGGUCCAAGAGCUACAGUCUCCGCCCAGAGCCAGUCAGGUUGUGAGGGAUUGUGUCAAAGCUUGUCUCAACUCUACAUAUGACUACAUUUUCAAUAACUGCCACGAGUUAUACAGCAGACAGUACCAGCCUGUGGACAUAAACAAGGAGGAGCUGCCUCUGGAGGAGCAAGGUCCAAGCAUCAAGAAUUUGGACUUCUGGCCCAAACUCAUCAUGCUUAUUGUCUCCAUCAUUGAAGAGGACAGAAACUCCUACACACCUGUACUGAACCAGUUCCCUCAAGAACUCAGUGUAGGAAAGGUGUCAGCAGAGGUCAUGUGGACACUGUUUGCACAGGAUAUGAAGUAUGCCAUGGAAGAGCAUGAGAAGCACAGACUAUGUAAGAGCACAGACUACAUGAACCUGCACUUCAAGGUCAAGUGGCUCUAUAAUGAAUAUGUCAAGGAGCUGCCAGUCUUUAAGGGCGUUAUUCCUGACUACCCAUCAUGGUUUGUGCAGUUUGUCCUGCAGUGGUUGGACGAAAAUGAGGAAGUCUCUAUGGAAUUUAUGCAUGGAGCCCUGGAGAGAGACAAAAAGGAUGGAUUCCAGCAGACAUCUGAGCAUGCUCUGUUCUCCUGCUCUGUGGUGGACAUCUUCACCCAGCUCAACCAGAGCUUUGAGAUCAUCAAGAAACUGGAAUGUCCUGAUCCUAGCGUCAUGGCUCAGUAUAGUCGCCGCUUUUCCAAGACAAUUGCCAAAGUUCUUCUGCAGUACAGUGCCAUUCUGACCAAGAGUUUUCCUUCUUACAUUGACAAGGAGAAGAUUCCCUGUGUCCUAAUGAAUAAUGUUCAGCAGUUAAGGAUCCAACUGGAAAAGAUGUUUGAGUCAAUGGGUGCCAAACAGAUUGCAACAGAAGAAGCGCAGCUAAAUGAAAUCAUAGAAGAGGAUGAGGAGGAGGCAGAAGAGGAGCAGGUUGCAACUGAGGAUGAAGCCAAGCCUCCAUCUGAAGUGGAGAAGAUGGAUGCACCAGUAGAAAAGACUGAAAAUUCAUUUGAAGACAAAAAGAUGGACACAGAAGCUUGUGACUUGCUGAAUGACCUGCAGGUGAGGCUGAACAACGUGCUGGAUGAUCUAAGCAGAACCUUUGGGAACAGCUUUCAGAGUCGCAUCAAUGAGUGUAUGCGGCAGAUGGCAUCUUUGCUGUACCAGAUCAAAGGACCGGCCAAUGCCAACAACACAAACCAGGUCGAGGCUGACUCUGACAACAUGCUGCGGCCGCUCAUGGACUUCCUGGAUGGAAAACUGACGCUCUUCGCCACUGUAUGCGAGAAGACCGUAUUGAAGCGUGUGCUCAAGGAGCUUUGGAGGAUCGUAAUGACCAGCCUGGAAAAAACUAUUGUCCUGCCCCAGGGCAAUGAUACCUUUGGAGCACAGAUUCUCUCAGCUGCAAAAGAACUGGGUCAGCUCUCCAAACUCAAGGAUCACAUGGCAGGGGAGGCUAAAAGCCUGUCUCCCCGGCAGUGUGCUGUCAUGGAUGUGGCACUGGACACAAUUAAGCAAUAUUUCCAUGCAGGAGGGAACGGGCUUAAGAAGGCAUUCCUGGAGAAGAGUCCUGAGCUGUCCUCACUGCGCCACGCUCUCUCCCUCUAUACUCAGACAACAGACACGCUUAUCAAGACGUUUGUGACCACACAGCAUGCACAAGUGCACAAUGGAAAGGGUAUUAGGUUAACUCCCAAUGAAAAAAUACAACCCAGCAGGGGCUCAGGUGUGGACAAGCCCAUUGGAGAGGUGUGUAUCCACGUUGAGCUUUACACUCAUCCAAAGAGUGGAGAGCGGAAAGUUACUGUUAAAGUUGUGGGGGCCAGUGACGUAAAAUGGCAGACGUCUGGGAUGUUCAGACCCUUUGUGGAGAUCACCAUGAUCGGUCCUCACCUCGGCGACAAGAAACGGAAAUUCCAGACAAAGUCCAAAAACAACAGCUGGUCUCCCAAGUUCAACGAAACCUUCCAUUUUGUUCUGGGUAACCAAGAUGGCUUUGAGUGCUAUGAGUUGCAAGCCAGCGUCAAAGAUUAUUGUUUUGGCCGUGCCGAUCGAGUGGUGGGUUUGGUUGUGAUACAGUUAAGAGACAUCAUGGAGAAAGGCAACUGCGCCAUGUGGUGCCCUCUGGGACAACGCAUAUACAUGGAUGACACAGGUCUCACCGCCUUGCGAAUCCUCUCUCAAAGGUCCAAUGAUGACGUGGCCAAGGAGUUUGUGAGGUUGAAGUCAGAAACUCGAUCAGCAGAGGAGGGCAGAUGAGGAUACCUGAAGAACGAGAGGGAAAGGCAAUAGGAUGGGACGUCUUCUAAUUUCCUGAAUGAAGGAGGGAUUGCAUGUGACAGAAGGCAGAGAUUUUUCAUUGUAGAUGGCCAUGUGGACUCUUUCUUUGAUAUGUCUUAGCUGCUGUUGACUGUUUGGUGGUGACUUGCCAUUUCUCUUAUGUCACUGUUAUGUUCUCACUCUGGGUAUUUUGGCCAACAGUCACUUUGCAGUGUUCCUCAAACAAUCAUAUUAUUAUUUUAUUAAUAAUAACUGUUCAGCAAAUAGCUGCAUAGCCACCGGCUCACUCAAGCUUCACACUCACCAGCUGUUUCAUAAGUCAGUAACCACUUGAUCAUCUAUUUAACUUUGUUUUUCACCCCUUUGUCAUCGCCUCAAGGGAACAGAUGAUGCCAGGUCCUGCUGAAGGGCCAAACAUGUCUCUGCACCUCCCUGUGUUAUUGUGCAAUAACCCCACCUUACCCCCCCCCCCCCCCCCC